AUGAUCCACCCACCUUUCUGGCUGACGAAUGAUGAGUGGGAUGAGAUUCGUGAGGAUGAAUACGACCUCCUCCGUCUUGAGUUCAUGGACGCUUUGAAACAUGAGGAGGAAAAGCUUGCCGUCCCUACCGCACUGCUCCCAGCAAACCAGCCACUUUCGGCCAUCAUGCAACGAGCAUGGGACAUGGGCACUAUCUGGUUCAAUCUGGCUCUGGAGACUCCAUUAGAAACGAAUCGGAUCUUCUACUAUCAUAUCCAGCCGAGACUGGCGGCGGCACAUGGUCAGGACCCGAAGUUUCGGGAAAUCAUGCAGUGCUACUAG